AUGGGUGACAAGGAUGAUCAUAUGUGGAACGGUAAAGGGCACCUUAAUUUUGCUCUGUUAGAGGAUUUGUUUAAGCUUGCUGCUUGUAGCUCGAUUAAUGUUUCGGCUUUUUUUGGCAUUGGGUUAAGAGAGUUUCGAGCGUCAAUAGAAUCAAUUGCAGCAAAGUUUGCAAAAAUUGAAGGCCCGAUCCUUAUCACAGAUGAGAUUAGGAAUGCCAAGUCAGCAGAGAGCACGGAACCGAAAUCGCCACCGGCGAAGCAAAAAGUCGAUGGAUCACAAGAAAAGGAUUUGGACAGUAACGCGGGUCAGUUAGAAGCGACACCGAUGAAACAACAAGAAUAUGAAAAGCCAAAAGAUCUGGAGACGAUGAAACCGCGGCAAUCGCUUGCUACCAACCCCGUGGCAGCUGAAGCAACUGAAGUUGAAGUGAAAGUACCGACACCACAGACGUUUCUGUUACAAUUUUUCCUUAGCGUUAAGCACAAAAGUCGACCAUUGAACGAUGACGAGUGUCAGUUCGACCCCAACAUCCGCCUGAAGUUGGUUGCAACAGAGACUCAUCCGAUAACGUAUUCACGUUACAAACCGACUAGACUUAUCGAUCCAAUUGAUGGUAUCACUCAGCUUUCACAAGUGCCUGCCAGAAAAGAAGAGGUUGAAUCACAAGACUUUCUCACACCAUUUCAUCCGAUUCUUCAUGCUGUCUCAUACGCUCACUGGCAUGCGAAGAUGAUCGACGAACUCAUUAGAAACAGAGAUUUUGUUGAGUAA